UCAGUUGUUCCUCCAUCCCCCCUCCCGCAGGAUUCGAACCAGGGGGCAGAGGGGGAGGAAAGAUGGCGCAGUCCUUGUCUGGAGAGGAGUUCGAGCGGAUGCAGGCACAAUUACUGGAGCUUCGGACGCAGAAUUAUCAGCUCUCUGAUGAACUGCGCAAGAACACGGCCGAACUCAAUAGUCUCCGGCAGCGGCUGGUCAUCCUGGAUAAGGAGUUUACUAAGGCUCAGAAGGCUCUCAGCAAGAGCAAAAAAGCUCAGGAGGUGGAUGCCUUGCUGAGUGAAAACGAAAUGCUGCAGGGGAAACUGCACAGCCAGGAAGACGACUUCAGGCUGCAGAACAGCACCCUGAUGCAAGAGCUGUCCAAGCUGUGCUCCCAAAUCGAGCAGCUGGAGAAGGAGAACAAGUGUCUGCGGGAAGGGGAGGCGGCUGACGGAGGAGCCUCCGCCAUUCCUGUGGACGGGGAGCUGCUGAGGCUGCAGGCGGAGAAUUCGGCGCUGCAGAAGAACAUGGCAGCUCUACAGGAACGCUACGAGAAGGAGGUGGCCCGGCAGGCGGAGGGCCGAGGAAGCGGGAAGGGGGACUCCUCUGCGGAAGUCCCCCCGGCCAGGCAGGAAGGUUCGGCGCUUCAGGCAUCCGAUGGCGGUGCCGCUCAGGCCCAGCAGCUGCUGUCGGAGGUGGAGCUGAAGUGGCAGACAGAGCAGGAGGAGAAGAGGCUGCUGAAGGAGCAGCUGCAGAGCCUGGAGGCCUCCAAGAUGUCAGAAGUGUCCAGGUUGCAGCAAGAACUCAGCAAGCUUGCAGAGAAGCUAAAGAAGAAGCAGGAGAGUUUCCUGCGGCUGCAGACGGAGAAGGAAGCUCUCUACAACGACAGCAGGACCAAGAUCGAGGAGAUCCAACAGCGGAAGGAGGACGAGCUGAAAGCCCAGCAGGCCCGGAACCAGAAGCUGCAGCAAGAGCUCCAGACGGCCAGCCAGGGCUGCUCAGAGUUAAAGGACCAGCUGCAAAGCUGUCGCAAAGAGCACGAUGUGGCCCUGCAAGCUCUUCAGGACCAGGUUGCUUGCCAAAGCGCGGAGAGCCAGGAACAAGUGGAGAGCAUUCUGUCUGAAAACGAUGCCCUGCGAACCAGUCUGGCAGCACUGGAACAGAUCCAGACCUCCAAGACCCAAGAGAUGAACCUGCUGCGAGAUCAGGCGGCCACCUUGGGGGCAGAGCUACAGCAGCGUCAGAGCGAGAAGGAAGCCCUGGCUGCCCAGCGGGAUGACCUCAACACACAGCUGCAGGAGUCGCUUCGGGCCAACUCUCGCCUCCUGGAGCAACUGCAGGAGCUGGGGCAGGAGAAGGAGCGCUUGCUGCAAGACCUCGACGAAGCCAGGAAGACGGCAGAGAAGCGCAAGGCCAUGCUGGAUGAGAUGGCCAUCGAGACCCAGCAAGAGAAGGGGCGCCACAAGGAGGAGCUGGGCAACCUGCGCCUGCAGCACGAAAAGGAGGUGCUGGCCGUGCGGGCGCGCUACGAGCGGGAGCUGCGGGAACUGCACGAGCACAAGAAGCGGCAGGAAGACGAUCUGCGUGGCCAACUAAAGGAAGAGAAGGCUCGCAGCCAGGAACUGGAGUCCAUGCAGCAAACGGUGGAAGAGCUGCGCCUCCAGAUCCAGUCCAUGGACGGCACCAAAGGCUGGUUUGAGCGGCGGCUGAAGGAGGCAGAGGAGCUGAUCGAAAAGCACCAGCAAGAACACGCGGAGGCCGUGCGCAUCUUGAAGGAGCAGCAUUUGGCUGACCUGCAGCUGAAAGACCAAGAAGUGGAAGCAACCAAAGAGAGCCUGCGAGAGAUGGAAAGAGCCAGAGAUGAACACAUGGAGGCAGUCAACCGGCUGAAACAGGAGGUGAAGGACACAGUUGACGGGCAGCGGAUCCUGGAGAAGAAAGGGAGUGCUGCGUUGAAGGACCUCAAACGGCAGCUCCACCUGGAGCGGAAGCGGGCAGACAAACUCCAGGAGCGACUCCAGGAAAUCUUGACCAAUAGCAAGAGCAGGACGGGGAUCGAGGAUCUCGUCCUGGCCGACAUCAGCUCGCCGAGCCGGGCGCAGACGGGCGACAGCAGCAGCAUCUCUUCCUUCAGCUAUCGUGAAAUCAUGAAAGAGGGCUCCGGGGCCGGCAGCAAUAAGUCCACCACGGGCAGCCCCCAGUCGCAGUCGCAGCCCCCGCGGCCGGCCGACCUCUCGGACGAAGAGAUCUCUGAGCUCUUCCAGCGCCUGGCUGAAGUUCAGCAGGAGAAGUGGCUGUUGGAGGAGAAGGUGAAGCACCUUGAGGUCAGCAGCGCCUCCAUGGCCGAGGACCUGUGCCGGAAGAGCGCCAUCAUCGAGACCUACGUGAUGGACAGCCGAAUAGACGUGUCGGGAGCCCACGGGCAGGUGGACCGCAGCAGCCUGAGCAGCGUCCUGCGCGACCUGGUGAAGCCGGGAGACGAGAACUUGCGCGAGAUGAACAAGAAGCUCCAGAAUAUGCUGGAGGAGCAGCUGACCAAGAACAUGCACUUGCAGAAGGACCUGGAAGUGCUCUCCCAGGAGAUCGUCCGGCUAAGCAAAGAGUGCGUCCCGUCCCCCGACGCUGAGCCUGACCUGGACAACGCCGUCUGAGCGCAGCUCCGUCCUGUGGCCCCACCCCUUCGCUUUGCCCUCGACUGCACUGCCAGGGUGGCGUUUCGGGGGGCGAAACUGCCACUUACUGCCUCCUCCUCCCCAGCUUGAUCUCUCUCAUCCUCUUUCUGUUUUGGGGGGUUGGGGGCACCUAUCCCCUCUCCAGCUUAGCCGUCUUUUCCCUUCCCUCCAUCCAGCAAACGGUUCCUCCCAGAACUACCUCCCUCCUUUGGGUCCUGGGUUCAGAUCUCUCCCUCCACCCUCGCCCCCGAUUUAUUUCCCCUACGCAGCUGGGUUCUGUUCUAGCUAUUUCUUCUCUAGGAGCUGUAACCGCUGAUCCUGUGCUGGCUGAGAGGUUGAAGCGGCCUUAUCCAGGGCUUUCUUUUUCUUUUUUUAGCAGGAACUCCUUUGCAUAUUAGGUCACACCCCCUGAUGUAUCCAAUCCUCCAAGAGCUUAGAGGGCUUUUAGUACAGGGCCUACUGUAAGCUCCAGGAGGAUUGGCUUCAUCAGAGGGGCACAGCCUAAUAUGCAAAGGAGUUCCUGCUACAAAAAAAAGCCCUGGCCUUAUCACUAUAGCGCUCCUUGUGAUCAGGAGGGCAAACUGCGGCCUGGUUCUGAAGGCGGUUGCUGUAAAUGUGCCAAACCGGCAUUCAUAGGGGGAAAUGUUGGAUACCUGGUUUGGCUUAACUGGGCUUGUGAGGCAGGGGAGAGGUUGCCUUGUCAAGAUAAAGGUCUCCUUGGUGUGGGGACCAAUGAUUAAUAAAUAACUUCCCCCUCUCUGUUGUCUCUCGCUCUGCCUCCACCCUGCAAGGAACAUCUACCAUCCCCACAGCACACUCCCCGGGACUCAUUCCAGUUCUCCCCCCUGCAAUCUUAUUUUUUUUUUCUACGCCCUUCAUUUUGCAUGCUCGGUCAGUCCCGAACUUCCCUGUCCCAGCUGUGUCCAGCUGUUGCUGCUGUUACUUAAGAAGAAGAAAAGAGAAAAAUAUUGUAGAGAAGAAUAUAUGUAUAUAUAUAUAUUUGCGCUGGCUCCUUCCCGUGGGAUUGGGCGGGACACGAGCGGGGCAGCUUCUCCGGCUGCCCUCCUCCUGUCGGGCGGAGGCAGCGUGAGCGCUUUAUUUAACGUAUCAUGACUUUAACACGAGGCUGUUAAUCGUUGAGCAACUGAUAAUGCAAACAAUGAUUUUUUUGACUGGCUCGA